CUACAAUUCCGUCAUCCCGGUAUAUUAAUAUUUCAAGUGCAAUAAAUUACUACAAAUUGGCGUCGCGAUGGAGCUAAGUAACCUGGGAAAAUUUCCUCUUAAUGGUUCUCCGCGGGAGAUUGCUGAUUAUUUGGAAUGCUUCGAUGCGUGGUGCAUUUCCAAGAAUGUUCGGGAUGAUAAAAUACCUGCUCAUUUCAUCACCGCUAUUGGUCUUGAUGCAUAUAGCCUGGUGAAGAAUCUGGCGUUUCCAGAUAAACCCAUUUCUAUGCCAUAUGCUAAGCUCCGUGAACUUCUUAUAGAUCACUUCCAUGUAACUACUUUUGAGACCAGAGAGAGGGCUCAGUUCAACAAACUGGUACGUUCUCCCAAUCAGAAGAUAAGAGACUUUAUACUACAACUCCAAAUUCAAGCCUCAAAGUGUAAUUUUGGAGAUCAGCUGCAUACACAACUACGUGGUCGUCUAAUUGCUGGAAUCAACAUUCCUAAAUUAGAGAAAGAGUUAAUUCAGAUUCCUUCUUGUACGUUUCAAACUGCUAAAGAUUUAUGUAUUACAUAUGAAGAUGUCCAUAAUGAAUACUCUGCUCCCACUACGUCAGUAUCUGAUGUCAUGCUGUCUAAAGUCGAAAAUACAAGUGUUCAUGGAAAGAAAUCCAAACUGCCGUCCACAGGUAAUAGAAUGCAGCGAGAGAUCAAAAACAUUAAACCGUGUUUAUCCUGUGGAAAGUUACAUCUACGAAGCACUUGCCGUUUUCGGAGUGCUAAGUGCUAUAAAUGUGGUAAAGUUGGACACAUCAAGACGGUUUGCAGGAGUUCGAGUACUUAUGUUGCUCAACAUUCUUAUAAUUCUCCCAAUCUGUCUAGUAAAAUGGAGUCUAUGUGUCUUUCAACUUUUCAAAAUACUCAAGCUAAUCCAACGAAAACCUCCACUGCAAGUUCAGCAACGCAAGUAUCAACUGUAUUCAAAAAUGAGGUAUCUAAGUUGCAAUGUGAACUGUUGAAAGCACGAAAAGACCUGAAUGAGAUGAGAGAGCAACUGAAUAAAAUUGAGGAAUUACUGCAUAUGCAUAGACUACGUCUGGUGAAUCCAGAGCAUACAAGUUCUUGUGGAAGUCCUGCAAAACUAUUCAAAUCUCGAAUUCUCAAAAAGCAUCUGAUGUCCACUACUUCUAAUGUACAUUAUUACAAAGAUAAUAACUACAGACCUUCUGUUGGAAUUAUACUACAAAAAAUGGGAAAUCGAGUGGUGAAGAUAUUAGACAUCAAAGAUCACUCAGUUCAUAACGGACACCUGGACAAAGUGACAAUAAAUGAAGUAGGUCGUUCCAAUUAUUAUUUUAAUGAUUCCGCUAAUAAUCCUGAUUUUGUAGAUAAUUCAGAAAUAAGUCCAGAUAAUACUGAUGAAAAUAAUAUCGCAGAAUCAGUUAGGUCGCGGCUACUUGCAAGCAAACCGAGACAUCGUUAUAAAUACGCGAGGAGAUAUUCGAGGUGUGGCGGAUGUGGUGAUUGACAAUUUCUAUCUCUGUAUUGUUUAAAUACUUACUGUUGACUGUUGAUAUGUUUCUUAUAUGAAUUGCAUUCUAAUUCCGCUAAAUACAAAUUACUGAUUGCUGCCGUCUCUGGGUUUUGAUUAGAUUCCUAUAAUUCCGUCAUCCCGGUAUACUAAUACUUCAAGUACAAUAAAUUACUACAGAAUUGUGAAAUGUAAUCCAGUUGUCUGGCUUCUCUCGGAGAGUGUCUGUCCAACGAAGUGGUGAAAGCAUAACAAAGAGGCUUAUGGUCGGUUAAGAUAGCAAAAUGUCGACCUUGUAGUAAGAAGCUGAAAUGUUUCACUGCUAGGUAGAUGGCUAACAGUUCUCUGCCAAAAGUGCUGUAACGAGUUUGCGCAGGUUCCAACUUUUUGGAGAAGAAAGCAAGUGGAGUGAUGUCAUUAUUGAACUUUUGUUGUAAAACUGCUCCCACUGCUACCUGCGAUGCAUCUGUACAUAAAAUGAGUGAAGCUUCUGGGUUGAUAUGAGAUAACAUUACAACGUUGGAUAAGGCAUCUUUUGCAUUAUUAAAUGCUGCUUUUGC